AUGGCGUCGGAGGAGAAGGAGUCAGAGGUGCGGGUGGAGGAGAAGGCGACAAAGGUGCGGGUGGAGGAGAAGGCGACAGAGGUGCGGGUGGAGGAGAAGGCGACAGAGGUGCGGGUGCAGGAGAAGGUGUCAGAGUCAGAGGUGCGGGAGGAGGAGAAGGAGUCGGAGGUGCGGGAGGAGGAGAAGGUGUCGGAGGUGCGGGAGCAGGAGAAGGAGUCG